GUGAAAGACAACAGAAACAACCAGCAAUUAAGAGUCCACAAGUAAAAAUCGGUACUAUCGGUUGAAGGAUCAUGGUUGAGGGCGUGAAAAGUCCUGCCGUUGAGGAGGUGGAGGUUCCCCCCGCGGAAGCUGCAGUGGGAGUAGAACCGGAUGUAGAGGAGGAAGAGGUAAUGGCCGAGCCGGCAGAGGAGGCCGUGGCACCGGAGGGGCCCAAGCUCCCGAAGGUGGAGGACAAGCUGGGGAAAAUCAAGUUACCCGGCGUGUUUUUACCAAACAAGGUCAGCGGGCAGUCGCGUGAAGCAGCCUUGAAGUUCAAGCCGUUGGCGUUUGACGCGGUUGAGGUACAUCUAGUUUAUUGCUAUCAUUGUACUAGUUUCCGUUUCGCUUUUGUCUGCAGCUUCUUCUGUGCGAAGCUUCAUCCUGCAGCUGCUCAUGAAUUUACUUGUGCAGAAACUGAAUUUCCUUCAGUUUCGCCGUCGCGAAGAUAAAGCGUAUCGCCAAUUUUCCGCUUUCUCUUUUGCGGCUCACGAAAAAAGUUUGGGCAAGUUCCAAACAAGUUCUGGGACAAGUUCUCAGACGAGGUCUCAGACAAGGUCGCAGGCAUGUUCCGGGGAAGUUCCGAAAUGAGUCCCGGGGCAAGUUUCCGAGCAAUGGGCCUCCGGGGGAGGUAGGAAGGUUGGUCCGGAACAAGGCCCGGGGCAGGCUCCUGCGCAGGCGCCCCGCGAGCAAGGUGCUCCUCGGGGGUUAUUUGCGGAAAUAGCUAGCCCCGUCGAGGGGGCCACGAGGGUGGUCCGGGCCUUGUCUUUGUCGGCGAGAGUGCUUCGCAUCGUCGAACCGAAGUGCCGGCCUUCGGCACCGCCAGCGAGCCGCCGACGUGCUCUUUGAUGGGAGCGCCGCUGUGGUUUGAUCCGGUUCGGGGGCCUCGCAACCCUAAAGCGGCCAGAGGGCCACCCCGGGGGUUUUUGGGUUUCUGAAGGAGGGCAGGCUGCGAGGUGUCACGGCAUCGGAGGCCGCCUGGGUGUUGGCUCGGCGCAGCCUGCCAAGCCUGCCCCCCUCUCGGCGCCCGGCGUGGAUGGGCCGGCCCCAGUCGUCGGGCGGGCCCGCCGAGGAUUAUCUUGUUGUCAUCGCGCGCGCUCCCGAAACGCUUUGUUUUAUCGCAUUCCAGCAAACGAAGCCGCAUGCCAUCGUGUAACGCGCGUUACACGAUGGCGCUCUCCCUUCAUCCUGUCUCCUGCUGCGCUGGUGUGGCAUGCUCCCGGCCGUAGACGCGCUGUCUCGCCACAGGGCGACACUCGCUCUCGCGCCCCCCCUCCGGUGCAACACCUCAAAGAAAGGCCUCCCUUCUUGUCGUGCCCACAGCCGCGAGCACGGACGGGGGCUCGGCUGUGGGGAAGCAUGCUGCAUCGUGCUCGUCUUCGGCUGAUGUGCAAGCGUGUUGCCGUAGCGCUUGGCCGUCGCUUAGGUGGUUCGUCUUGGUGGGCUGCUGUCUCGCACCAACGUGCAGCCGGCAUCCACUUGAGCAGUAUAGACCGGCGGAAGGUUGGGCCCUCGUUGCCUGGAACCCCGGCGCCCUCUUGUAUUGCCCCAACCGGAAACCGGCCCGACAAGUUCUGCGCAAGUUCUGGGCAAGUUCGGCACCCCAUACAUCUAGACCCAUGCUUUCGGAGUAAAGAAACUGAAUUUCCUUCAGUUUCGCCGUCGCGAAGAUAAAGCGUAUCGCCGCUACUCCCACAGGUGAUUCCUGGUCACAAGAUACAACCCACCUUGGGCAAGGCUGCCGCUCCAGCAGUAGAAGGGGAACAAGUAGAUGACGCGGUCAUGGAAGGCGAGGUGGCGCCAGUGGAGGGCGAGCUGCCAGAGGAGGGUGCAGAGCCAAAGGAGCCAACAGACGGAGAAGAGAAGCCAGUUGAGGAGGAGCCAGCGGUGGAAGAGGACAACACCGCCAAGCGAGUAUCGGGCCUGCUCGAGAAUUUCGGCAUCAAAAAGAUAGCGGCCCCCGGAACGGUUGGCGAGGGCGGGGUGGUAUGAUAGUUCCUGCUUCAUUUCUAGUAUGAUAGUGUAGCUCGUCGUAGUUUUCCAGACUUGCUUCUACUGCGAUUGCAUGACGUUGAAGAAGACGACCCGCAUAACAAACAACAUAGAGGAUGCUUCUACUGCGACAGACAUGUAUUCGAAGCUCUCGUCUGCCACCAACACGAACACCAAGCAGCUACAACUUACAAAAUGCUACUAACUCCUCUAGGCCGCGGAGAUGCCGAAUUUGAUUUCGGCCGCGUUAGAAAACCCGUUGAUCCAACCGGUACAGCUGAACAAGGUGGAAGUUCCGGCGGUAGCGCAGGCGACGGCUAUGAAGUGUAAAAAUGUCUGGGUCUGGAAGAAUGCAACUUGUGAUGCGCAUUUCAGAACACACAAAAAUCUCUCAUGCAUAGAUAGCAAAAGCUGCUCACUUUCUGCCACCAAAAUGGGGGAUUUGUGAUGCGGGUUCGGCAUUGCGGAAGCUUCUCGAAACCUGUGAUGCUAGAGCUUCCAUGACAGACCUUCUGUGUCAUGCAGAAACAGCAUGACUCUUCCAGACCCAGACAUUUUUACAGUUGAUAACAGCGGGUAAGCCACCCCGACCACCGAGGUUUGGCCAGAUGUCCCAGUUGCCGUUCAAUCAGAUGCCCAAGCCAAAGCUGUCCCAGUUCGCGGGUUCCGCGGGCACGCCGCUGACCGCCGAAAAGUCCUCGGCAGCCGCGAAGCUGAUGCGGGCGGGUGUGGGAAAGGUCGGGUACAGCUUUGGAAAGCUCCUGUCCGCACCGGGCACGCCGGCCGGCGGGCCCGCGGUAGUGGCCUCACCGUUCACGACCAUCGGCGGACCCGGGUUCGGCCUACCGAAAACCGCGUUCAAGCCCAUGCUGGGUGCCGGCCUGACCCCGGCCAACACGGAGAACCUGGUGAAGCACGUUAGCGUCAACAGCGAUAGUAUCAAAUGCAAAUAUGUCUGGGUCUGGAAGGUCGCAACUUGUGAUGCUAUUUUUGGAUUCUAAAAAAGACUGUGUUGCAUGACAAGGAGCAAUAGGAUCCCAGUUUGUGCUAUGCGGGGGCGAGUGUAUUUCUCAUGCGGAAUAGGCAUCAGGACGCCAUGGCAAAAUCUGUGAUGCUAGGUUAUGCAUUACAGGCAUCAUGGGUCAUGCAAAAUAUGCAUGCCAUUCCUUUCCAGACCCAGACAUAUUUGCAUUUGAUAGAUAGUCUCUUGACGCAGUUUAACUUCGACGGGGACUUUCGUUUGGACGACAAGCCGGUCUUCAUCGACUGCUACGAAAGUGUGGAUGACGGAACUUCUCUGUGGGACGCAGGUACAGAUAAAUUCGAGGACGCACAAGUUUAUACAUAGCACUAUUAUCGAUGCAUAGAUCUUCUAGUGCCACUUUUGCAAUGUCGCUCUUGCGGUUGCGACUACUUUCAUAUCGCUCGUGGUUUCCGUUCUGCCACUUUAAAAAUAUCGCUUUGUCAGGUAUCGUUCUGGGUCAAUAUCUCGCUGCCUUCAAGGACCUGUACCAGGGCGACUGCUUAGAAUUGGGCUGCGGCACCGGCAUUGCGGGAAUCUGCCGCGCAGUCACGUGCCCGGACACGAAAGUUAUCUUGUCCGACUACGAGACCAUUGUGCAUGUCACAGACAAUAAUGUCGCGCUCAACCAAUUGCAGGACCAAGUCACUGUGAUGGUAAAGACGAGUAAGUUGGAAGAUUUUUCUCUUGUAGCGCUAAGUGGAUUACUUUGGCUCUUUCAUUCUAAAUUCCAGUUCAGGCACGCAGUUGUAAGUAACAAUUGAUUGAUUUUACAGAAUUAUGUGAAGAUAAUAGCUCUAGGUGGCACGAAACAAAUCAUGAAUUUCAACACCACAACAAAACCACAAAUAAAUACAGCCCUACGACUGGGAGCAAGAGUUUCCGAUUCCGCUCGAAGAGGGAGGAAACUUUCCGUAUUCCUUCGUGAUUGCAUCCGACGUUAUGUGGCACCCCACCCAUGUGGCUCCGUUCUUUCAGGGCCUCUUGAAGUGCACCACGGCGGGAAUGAAAGUAUGAAUCGAGGAUUUUUAUUUUUUUCCUCACUUACUUCUUCGCAAUGCCAAUGCGAAUGCAUUGCAUCAUGAACAACGAGGAUGAACUCGAUCAACAGCGUCAACCUGGUAGCUACUAUUCUUGAGUUUCUAGCCUACUUGUACAAACGGAUUACACGACGUCCCCGCAUCAAUAUCCCACAGAAAAAAGCUGGCAGGUCAUAUUUGUAAUGCAAAAAUAAACACACAAAAAAAUCUGUAUUGCAUAUCCGAAGAAGCAUGCUAUGGGGCCGCCCAUGACAAGUCUUUCUGUGUAUUUAUUUUCGCAUUACAAAUAUGCCCUGCCAGCUCUUUUCUCUGGGAUAAUCAACAUGAAAAACAUAAAAGGUGGUUCUUGGUCAGUGCUCGCGGGCGGGUUUGGAUUUGUACCCAGAUAUCCAGUAUCCAAUGCAAAUAUGUCUGGGUCUGGAAACUUGUGAUGCUGGGUGGCGUAUCAUGAGGAGGCCACAAGAGCUGGCUCAGCAUGACAAGUUUCUGAGCAAGCUGCUAGGUGUUGCCUAUUCUGAAUGACAAACUGCGUUUCUGCACGACAGAAAAAUGGCGCUCUUGGGUAACGUGCAUGGCAGAUUUGAGAGUCUGAGUCAUGCCAGACAAGCAUGCAUUCUUCCAGACCCAGACCUGUUUUCGCUUGACAUCCAGGCGGAAGCGGAGGCCACUGGUUUUGAGGUCGAGAGUACGACGCCGUCGAUGGAGAUGGAGUUGCCCUUCCGCGGCCACAGCCAGUGCUCCAUCUGGGUGCUGACGCGUCUCGAAAAGCCCGUGUCCGCUGCCCCUACCCCUGCGGAGCAGUAACGGAAAAUGUAGUAAUGAUCAUGGAAAAUCAUGGCAGCUCUCCGGCGCAUGAUGAGUAUGAGAGACUUCUUCUAACAGGGCGGAGGACGGGUGAGGAAAGUGCGCACCAGGUAGUUGCAAAUCGUGUUUCUGUAAUUUGUUUGGAGUUCAUCACUUUUAUGCGUAAAAUUAUACCGGUUGAAAGAACAAACGGCAAAGCAAUACGCAAAGAAGGAACACACCGCCACCACUAAUGAUUUUAUUGAAAGGAGAUCGAGAUUUAUUUGUACUGGCUGCCAAUGAUCUUGAUCUGUCUGUCACCACCUUGCCUUCUACAGACACUCAUGAUUGUCUGCCGACUCGUAUAGGAUUUUCCACAGCUUGCCCCGAGAUGCGCGGCGCUUACGUCGAUGUGACUCGCCAGUUUCAUUUUCACUUUUUCAAUACCGAACCGAAGAACAAUCAUAGCGAUGUUUCUUGCAACGGUCCGACUUUUUCAUUUUUUUCCAUCUAUUCAAGCAAAAACUACCGCUAAAACUCACAUCCCUAUACUACAAAUAAGGCAAACAGGAUUACAACAAUCACGAGGUUUAUUACGAUCGAAAGCACGCAGUAAGACUGACACAAAUGGGUGAAAUAAAGCACAAGAUAAUGGAUGCGUACGUGUCAAUAUGAAAAAGAGUUUUUGUAAGGACGAGCUCUUUCUUUGCAAGUCGAAAGCUAAAUAGUGGUCUAACCACGGCGUCGAAUGAAAAUGCAUAUAGAAAGAGCAGGCCAUCAUGUCGCUGCAAAAAGUGUGAGGAUAUUGCAUGAUUUCAAUGCUACGACGAAAGGUAUAAUUAGAAUUACUUACAAUUACUACAAGAAGACUGGAACAAAAUCAUAUUGCUUAGUGCACCCGGCGCGGCUAGUCCUCCUCAUCGUCCAAAAGGAAAAGAACGAUGAUAUGAGGCGGCUUAGUAGGAAUCGUCAGACAAGCAUCUUCGUAACAGUCCUCGUUCACAACCAGCGGAUGCU